GUUUCUUUAUUUUUGUAAAUUUUAAUUUUAUCUUAUUUAAAGUAGAGAGAGAGAGGGACGCGAAAAUAGCUCUUUCUCUCUCUCUCUCUUUCUCUCACUUCUUUUUUAAGCAACGUGUCAAAUAUGCUAUGCCUGGAUAUACCAGGCUCAGUGCAAGAACGUCCGCGGUCACGAGUUUUCCCCAGGAGUACAGCGUCUUCGGAGCGGAAGAAAAACGGAAAAAGAAAGAGUCGUCUGCUAGAUCGCCGAGAGAGUGGUUCACUUGCCGUCCGUGAUGUCAAAUAUAAUAAAUGACAUAAAGCUGGACUUCAAGGAUGUGCUGCUACGCCCGAAGUGGAGCACGCUGAAGAGCCGAUCGGACGUAAACCUCUUCAGAGAGAUUACAUUUUGCAAUUCUAAACAAACAUACAGAGGAAUCCCCAUCAUGGCCUCUAACAUGGACGUAAUCGGAACGUUUGAAAUGGCAAAGACUUUAUCAAAGCAUGGUCUUUUUACUGCGGUUCAUAAAUAUUAUACCGUAGAUGAGUGGAAAGACUUUGCCGCGCUAAAUCCGGAUUGCAUAAAGAAUGUAGCGGUCACCUCGGGGACAGGAAACAAAGAUUACGAGCGGUUAUCAAGCAUUUUGGAAGCUGUGCCGGAAUUGUCAUUUAUUUGCCUAGAUGUUGCGAACGGAUACUCGCAACAUUUUGUGGAAUAUGUGAGGAAAGUAAGAGCACGAUAUCCAAACCACACUAUAAUGGCAGGCGUUGUUGUGACAGGAGAAAUGGUGGAGGAACUGAUACUUUCCGGAGCGGAUAUAAUUAAAGUAGGAGUUGGCCCAGGUUCCGUGUGCACGACACGGUUGAAAACUGGUGUCGGUUAUCCGCAAUUGAGUGCUAUAAUCGAAUGUGCGGACAUAGCACACGGUUUAAAGGGCCACAUUAUCGCUGACGGCGGGUGUACUUGUCCCGGAGAUUUAGCAAAAGCAUUUGGUGCUGGAGCGGAUUUUGUUAUGGUAGGUGGAAUGUUUGCGGGCCACGAUGAAUGUGGCGGCGAAAUUAUAGAAAAGAAUGGAAAAAAAUUGAAGCUCUUUUACGGGAUAGCCUCCAACACGGCCAUGAACAAACACGCCGGUGGUGUUGCAGACUAUAGAUCUACGGAGGGAAAAUCCGUCGAAGUUCCUUAUAGAGGUUCGGUCAAGAACAGUGUGCUGGAUAUCCUGGGCAGCCUAAGAUCGACUUGUACUUAUUUAGGAGCCGAACGUUUAUGUGAAUUGCAACAACGAGCGACGUUUAUACGCUGCACGCAACAAUUCAAUCCUAUGUACGGACCAUCCCCAGCAAUGUAAAGCUUAUAAUUAUAAUUAAAUUGUGCUCCUUAAUAAAAAGCUUAGGAAAGAAAGUUUUAACGCCAAUAUUUUGAUCGUGUAUUAUUUGUUGGUAAAUAAUAUUUAUAUAUGGAAUGAAAAUGCAAUCUUGUAAAAUAUUUGCUAAUAUAUCGUGUAAUGUCUACCUAAAGCGAAUUAAUUAAUCCUUAAAUAUGCUUAAAAGUGGAAAAUUAUAGAAUAAUUCUUCAUGCACAAAUAAAGCAUUUCGUUACAUUAAGUGCAAUUUUGUAUUAUAAAUAUGUCCUCUUAUGAAUAAUCACAUAACAAUCUAUCCCAUAGCAAUAAAUCGAGAUACUUUAAUUAUAUUUCAUAUUUAAACAACAAAGAGGAAAACUAACUUGCGUUUCUUUUUAUUAAAAAAUGAAUAUAUGUAUCAAGAGGCACGGUAGUGCCUCACGCCAAGUGUACGCGCGCGAGGCACUGCUGUGCCUCUAUUUACGCGAGACGCCAUUUACGAGAUUCCGUAGAUUAUCAGAUCUUAAUAACGGCUGAAUUGAUUGAUUUAAUUGUUUAAUUUGUUUUUUAUUAUUUUCUGAUAAAAAUAAUAGUAAUAUGAGGUUGUACAUGUUUUUGUGUACUACUACAGGUACAAAAACAUGAAACAUUCUUUGUCAAAUUUAAAUAUGUGAAGAACGCUUGUUUUUAAUAAAAAUAAUAAUUUAUAAAUAAAUUUAUAACUAAAUAAAAUAUGAAUAAAUUGCUUUUCUUAAAUUAUUUUAUUCAACAGCGAUGUUAUCUUUUGUGUAGAGCUAAAGCGAUAUAAUUUUAUCUCUUUUUUAGCUAAAUUAUAAUAAAAGGUUAAAUUAUUUUUAUCUUAUAUAAGAUACGUUUACUUAUAAGUUAUCUUACUUUUAUCUAGAAUUUAGGUUAUUUGAGCGCAACCCAUUAUUGGUAUUCGGAAUAUUCGAUAGAUAGAUAGAUAACGAUUGCGAUGAUGAUUUCAUAAAUAAAUCGAAACAAAACAAAUAAACAUGAUUAUCUUAAUUAUUAAGGAUAAUUAACACGUGACAAAAGAGAAAUGCAGCGAAAAAUAAUUCUGUACAUGAAAAUCUCUCGUUCCAUUUUGUGUUAUUGUUCCUUUAUCAAAAUAAAGUUAUGUUAAGAAAAAUAAUAUUUAACUUUUGUUUUAUUUAUAAUAAUUUAUGCAGAAAGCUAUUACAAAUUAUAAUCAUUUAUACACUAUUAUAUUAUAUUAUUACACUUAUAUUAUGUGAUUAAUUAUACUUAAUAAAUUUUUAGAAUUUGUAGCACAUUACAAUUUGCAUUGCGCAUAAUAUAAUUAUAUAUUUAUAAUAUAUAUAGAAAUUGCGCGCACGCUUACACACACACACGCACGCACGCACGCACGCACACACGCACACAC